CAAUGGGAGCAGAGCGCAACGCGUGCUCUCUUGACCUGCUUCGCGCUUCACUGCGACACUCACCCUCCGUCGCCAUGACAGCUGCGGCUGGGCCUGCGACAGCCUACGAAAGCCAGACCUUUGAUCGAAGCGUAUCAAUUGCAGUGGACGAUGACAUCGGUGCAGCCUCCAUUUCGCCCGCAGGCCGGGACGUGGUUCUGGCCAGCAGGACGGGACUGCGCAUCCUAGAUCUCGACAACUUAUAUACUCCACCACUUUUCAUUUCCAAUCAAUCAUCCUGGGAUGUCGCAGACGUUCAGUGGUCGCCGUUUGCCGCGCGAGCAGAAUGGAUCGCGUCGACUCGUAAUCAACUGGCCCUCGUUUACAAUCUGUCCAUGCCGCACAACUCCAAGAAGCCACCGAUUGAGUACACAUUGCGAGCCCAUGAUCGCGCCAUUACCGACAUCAACUUCUCUGCCCAUCACCCGGAUCUUCUUGCCACGUGCGGCAUUGAUAGCUUUGUCUUCAUCCAUGACUUGCGCUCCCAGCGUGCGCCUCUGAAGCUCGCAGAUUUCACAGCAGGCGCAACGCAGGUGAAGUGGAAUCGCCAGAAUGACAAGAUCAUUGCAAGUGCGCACGAUAAGCACCUUCAUAUAUGGGACGUUCGCAAAGGUGCCACACCGAUCACCACGAUCAGUGCGCACAGCACCAAGAUUUACGGCAUCGACUGGAACCGUACUGAUCCUUCAAAGAUCUUGACCUGUUCCCUUGACUCCACCAUCAAGCUUUGGAGCCAUGUUGGUAAGACAGCGACAACAAGUACCCCUCGGCGUGUUAUACACACGAACUAUCCAGUCUGGAGAGCCCGUCACGCGCCAUUCCCCCAUGGCAUCAUUGCCAUGCCUCAGCGUGGAAAUUCCAGCUUAUGGCUCUACAAACAUGUCAAUGAUGGCAGCAAAGAAAACUUCGUCAAUGAACCUAUUCACGAGUUCCGUGCACACAAGCCUGAUGCCCAGGUCCGAGAGUUUUUGUGGCGCGUAAGAGGUGGCACUGAUGAUUAUAUCGAUGACAGAGAAUUCCAACUGGUUUCUUGGGGUACCGAUAGAUUUCUGCAUCUCCACCGCGUAGGGCCAGAACUCUUAGAGAAGUCUGUCGGGUUUAAAAAGGGAGAGCCGCGCCUUGAAGCCCCUAAUCUGAUGCGCAGAGGAGCUGCGUAUGUUACAUACCGCGACGGUCCUAUAUCGACCCAAACGACUAAUGCGAAAGGGGAGAUUACAUCUCCACGCGUACCCCCGAAGGGUAACCUGUCUACGUUACUUCACAAUUACUCUCUCCAUAACGACGUCUUCAGUACACGGCAUGCUGGCGACAUCCGAUCUCAAACCAUUAUUGAGACACAGACACCGCGAGAGACAAUGACCGCUGUCCCAAUACGGCGUAACAAAUCCCGCGUAGUUACUCAAAUCAAAUGGAUGGAUGGCGUCAAAUUUGGUGGCCAGCUCGACAAGAGUGACGAGUUACCAAAUAGAACGGAAGAACAGGACCGCGAAGACAAAUCAUCCAACCAGGAACAGGCUGAUCUUGGGGCUGAAAUCUCGCAAGUUGGCAGCAAGUACAAAAAAUUGGAUUUCGAAAGUAUUGAUGUACCGAACCGUCUUCUAACAGUAACUUUCAAUGGGCCCUGGGGUGAUUAUGACCAGGCUACGGAUGAAACUAGAUUGGUGUUCUUGCGACUUACAAUCAGAUUCCCAGCGGAGUAUCCAAGGGCAGUGGACAUCGAAACGGAUGUGGGUCCUAUCCGGACGACAACGCCGCUGGACGUUGAAUUUGAGAAGACCACAGCUUCCAUUCCAAAAGACACUCAAGAUGAAUUAGUCGAACGCAUUCAUCAGAUAGCCAUAGCUUGUGCAGACCAGGAACGGGAGGCAUUAGACGCUAUCCUAUCGUACGCCCUUGGAGAACGUGGUUUCCAUGACAGCCUUCAUCUGCCGGAGAAUCAUCAUUCAACUGAUGAACUGGACAACUUACACGGUGGAGAAAGCUCCAGCGAAGACGAUGAGAACGAGGGCGAGUUUACCAAUGAUGCCAUGCAAUCAUCUCACACUAACGCCAAUGUCCCCUUGCCCGUUCAAUGUUCUGUUCGAUUUUCAACUUCAGGAUCGCUUGUAGUAGCCAGAGUACCUCUCGUCAGGAUGCCGCCACUUCUGACUGCCAGCCCGUUUCGUAUGACCAGAAACCUGCGACAUGGACCUGCCAAGGACGACAUCUUCGAUUCUUUUGGUCGGUUCACGGCUCAGCAUGGUGAGAAUUCGGACGGUGCAUCAUCUCCUGGGUCCUCAGAAGCUUCAUGGGAAUCGUCAAGCUCACCAUCUUCUGCAUCAGACUCUGAGCCUGCAGUCGAAGCACAUUUGGGAACCUUCCAACCACCAACAGUAUGGCAAAAAGCAGGGUCCAGAUUUCAGUCUCGAAAUUCACUCCCCUCAUCUUCGGGAGCUGGGAGGCCUGCAGCCAGAAACAGGUUCAUUGUUACUAUCCUCUCCGCAGCGAUGGAAGAUUUGAUACCCAGUAAACGCAAUCUUGCUGAGCAGUAUCGAAUCUUUGGACCAGGGCCAGAAGUAUGCGAACACAAUGCUGAGGUGGCCAAGAAACAUGGCUUGAAUGACCUUUCAGACAUUUGGAUGCUCUGUAAAUUGAUACUUUGCAACGAGGUGCCCCUGGAGAUUCUGCCACAACAACAUAGAAAAGAACAGGUUGUUGUACUGGCACGGCGAGCGCUGGUCAGGAUCAAACGGAAGGACAGUGGCCUGGAUCUUCAAUUCGACGAAGCCGACGCAGUCACCAACCCUCGGUUAAAGGGACGCAUCAAAUGGGGUAAUCAUGCUGUCGUCACAUGGCUCAUACCUGCUUUAUUCGAUCAUUUUGAGCGCCUCGCUGACACGCAAAUGCUUGCCAUGCUAUCUUGCAUCUUCGCAGAGCCUGCUGCUCGUGAGGGUGUUACUUCGGCCAUGGCAAAAAUGAGGCCAUCACAUCUUCCCAUGUCUAUGACUGCACCUGCAUUUUCCCUAGACUACUUUGCAUCUCCAGAAGUUGCAUGGAGCCUCUUCAACCCAACGAUAUCUGUUCCUUCGACACCAUCACACUCACGCUUCGCUACACCCGCUCACGAGUUUGGUUGGCACAGACUGGCAAAAGAUCUCGAUGUAUAUGGCAGUCACAGCAGCUCGAAUGGACCUUGGGGUAGUGACACGAUCGCCUCUGAUCCCAUCGCAACCUUCUCCACAGAUAACACCCCACCCAUCCUCUCAAGGGCUUCGACUACGAGGAUUUCUCAUACAGCAACUCAUACACCGUACUCUACGUCACCUGAACAAAGCCAUUCAAGCAUGAAGCGAGCGUCGACAGCGAACUUUGCUAGCGCCGUCGCUGCCCUAUCUCGGCCAUUUGCAAACGCAAUGUCCGCUUCUCCGCCUGUCAGAUCGCGCAUGGAUGACCUGUCUACUUCAGCACCGACAAGCGGUGUUACUUGGGGCACUACAACCUUCUAUGGGAGCGAUUCUCAGGACCACAACUCUCUUGCACCGGCCCGCAUGAAACAUCACAAACGGGCUAGUUUCGUUGAGACAGAAAACGUCAACGUCGAUGAUCUGUAUGACUCAGAUAUUGAAGACGAGAAACUCAAUGAGAGUAGCGGAUUUGCCAACGAAGGGUCAUCCGAGCACAGAUCGUCUGUCAUAAGAGUGGAUGGCGAUGAUAGCAGUCCUGGAGGAAGGAUCAGGGUCACACUCAAGAAUCAAGAUCUGUUUGACGAUGAGUCUUGUCUCAGCAGACCCUUGCUAGACAUGAAUAAGCACUGGCUGUACCGCGCGUGGAGAGAGCAAUAUGCUGAGAUGUUGAGUGGAUGGGGUCUUGUACGCACAAGAGCCGAGGUUCUGAAGUUUAACGGAUUGGUAUCCUACUUUCCAACAGCAAACUCUCGCAGUAGUUCCAAAGCGGGCUCACUGCAUCUUGCGCUGAAGACAGGAGGUGAGGACCCGGAGGACGACGGCACGUCAAGACAGCGUUCAAGAACAUCGACGACAUUGAUGCCUCCCUUUCUCGCACCCGAGCCACACUCACCGGCUGCAUCCGCAAGAGAGUUCUCGUUCAAUCCUGAAGCAACAGCGUUUGAACCCACUCAAUCAACCGACACGCAGCCCGAUGGCCAAGCUGUUUCGACUGAUGUUCUCAUUGCCUCGGAUAAUUAUUUACGCCUCUCUAUACCAGCUCCAACACCCUCGAAGGAACUUGAUGAGAGUACAGCUGCAGGGCAAGUCGGCUUGUAUCCACGGCAAGGCAGCAAGCAUGGUCGACCCAGCCUCUCACGAGGAACAUCAAAUAUUUCUGGCUCCUCACUACACGGACGUGCAUCAUCUAUUGCCCCUGCAAAUCCCGCCUCCAAGCCAACUGCUAUCGAACCUGUCUACUGUUGUAGCAUUUGUUGGAUCAAGGUCUCUGGUCGCUUCCGUUUGUGUCCCUCGUGCGGUCACAUCGCACACUUCGACUGCAUCGAUGAUGAACUGGGUAUGGAGGAAGGCGAAUGUGUAGUCGGCUGUGGUUGCGGCUGUGGCUUUGAAGUGGAAGACGAGAGGACUCGUAUGGAGGCCUACAUCGAAGAAGUCAGAGCUGCCACUGCUUCAGGUGUCACCUGGGAAGAUGGGGAUGCCUGGAUGCAAUUAGUCCCGAACGAUUCGGGCCAUGCCACGCCGAGUGUCUUCUCCGAAACCAGCAUGUUUGACGGUUUCAACUGGGGCAAGGGUGUAUCAAAAGUCGCAGGCGCUGGUAAUGACAAGAGAAAGGACCAACCGAGCGGGAGAGGGACUCCCAGUCCAACGCCUACCGCGACGAAGAAAAAGAAGGGUCGGAAGAAAGUCAGAGCUUCGGGACUGAGCUACUACUAAGAUCAAGAAACCAUCGGUUCACUCGGAUCCAGCGCAAUCGCACUCAAAAACGAUCUGGGCCAGAAGAUGUUCCAUGUGUUGCGAAUGAUACCCUUGUACUACUAGCAUGUACACAAGAUGCGCAGAAAUUAAUGUAUUUCCUUAUGCGACCGCAGCAGUAUCGAUGAGCAAUACUCAUUUGUAGCUAGGCCGUGAGCUGCAGUCUGGGAAGGUGCAGUCAACAUUUCGACGCUGCACUACCAAAAUGUGACUGCCUGAAGUAGAGCCUCCUGCAGCUGUCACACCCGUACCUGGACUCGAUCUGGCCACAACCAGACACAAGUACACCAGCAAUGUCUUGAAACAAAAUCAGAUCUUACAAGUGC